AAUUUUCUUUGCCAUAACAUAACCAAAUAGGAAGGUAUAAUUUAAUAUACAAUUAGUGCUUGAACACUACUGAUAUAUAUGAAAAUUUUAUUCCGAAGCAAUAUACAAAACUGAUAUAUUGUUCAGAAUAGCAUGUACACUAAUAAUGACAAUGAAAACAGUAGGCCAGUAACACCAACACAGGAAGACUGUUGUCACAGUGCAUGUGAACCUUGUAUCUUUGAUAUACAUAAAAAACUACUCGAGGAGUAUGAAAGAAGAAAGAAGCAAAACAUAAAAUUAGAGAACAAGCACAAUGUUUUAUGCACAUUCGCGUAUAAGAAUUUUGUAGUUAUUGAUAAAAUCCAAGCUUCCGAAUGCUAUAUUUUACUUUCUCUAAAAUAUAAAGGUACAGAACUUUCCAUCAUGUCUACUAUAAUCAACAUAAAAUAUUCUAUAUAUCAAAUCUUUAAUUGGAAAUAUUUCAUUGUUCCUAAUAUUCAAGAUGAUUAUAGUCUUCAUGGUAUAAAUAUAAAAUCUGGAAGAUUAGACCAAAAGUCAGUUCUCGAAGUACUUCAAGAUACGGUACCUGAUAGUACAUUGAUCUUAAUAUGUGGCACUCGUGAGUUCAAUAGUUCUGUUGAACAAUGGGUAAAAUCCAUGAAUUAUUGUCAUGCAUACAUAUUUCAAUAGAAGAUUUCUAAAUCGUAUUAUUUAAUGUAGCAUGAUAUAUUUUCUCGGCAAUUGGGGCAUGAACCAUAUAUAUGAUCAAAUACAACAUGGUUUCCAGCAAUUGUUUGUAACCACUGUAAAAAAUCAAAUAAUGUAUUUAUAAUAUUUAAAAAGAAUAAAAAUUUAAUUUUUU